CUGCUGCUGCUGCUGCUGUCGGCCGCCCCGGCCUGCGGCCAGGCCAACCUGACGGUGGCCGUGGUCCUGCCGCUGAGCAACGCGGCCUACCCGUGGGCCUGGCCCCGCGUGGGUCCGGCCGUGGUGCGGGCCCUGUCCGGCCUGGGCCCGCCGGCCCCGCGCCUGGUGCUGGGCAGCAGCGAGGACGCGGGCGGCCGCUGCUCGGACGCCGCCGCCCCGCUGGCCGCCGCCGACCUGCAGAUGGCCCACGGGCCGGACCUGUUCGUGGGCCCGGGCUGCGCCUACGCCGCGGCCCCCGUGGGUCGCUUCACGGCCCACUGGCGACGGCCGCUGCUCACCGCCGGCGCGGCGGCCGCGGGCUUCGACGCCAAGGGCGAGUACCGGCUCCUGACCCGCGCCGGGCCCAGCCACGCCCAGCUGGGCGACCUGGCCGCCGGCCUCCACCGGACGCUGGGCUGGGCCCGCCGGGCGCUCGUCGUCUACGAGGACCCGCCCGGGGGCGACGCCGACCGGCCCUGCUACUUCACCGUCGAGGGGCUCUACCUGCGCCUGCUGGCCCGCACCAACCUCUCGGUGGUGGAGCUGGCGCUCAGCCAGGCCCGCGGGACCCCCGACCUCGCCCGCCUGGUGGGCGACAUCCGCAGCCAGGCCCGGGUGGUCUACGUGUGCAGCUCACCGUCCACCUUCCGCGCCCUGAUGCUGGCGGCCUGGGCGGCCGGAAUGACCGGCGGCGACUUCGCUUUCUUCUACCUGGACGUCUUCGGCCACAGUCUGUGGGGUCCCGGGCCGGGGGGACACCUGGACCCCCGGAGGCCUUGGUACCGCGGGGACGGGCUGGACGCCCAGGCCCAAAAAGCUUUCCAGUCCGCCAUCAUCAUCACCUACAAGAAACCGGACAACCCCGAAUAUUCCAGAUUUGUGCAGGAGCUGAAAAGGGCCGCUCAGAAACAGUUCAACCUCUCCCUGGGGGAUGGACUGGAAAACGUGGUCGCCGCCGGCUUCCAUGACGGACUCCUGAUCUACGCGCGGGCACUGAACGAGACGCUGGCGUCCGGGGGCUCGUCCAGGGACGGAGAGGAGAUUGUCCGACGCAUGUGGGGACGGGACUUCUAUGGGGUGACCGGCUAUCUGAAAAUCGACAGCAAUGGUGAUCGGGAGAGCGACUUCUCCCUGUGGGACCUGGAUCCAGAGAGCGGAGACUUCCAGGUGACCCUAGACUUCAACGGGACCACCAAGGAGCUGAUCCCUGUGUCCGGACGACAGCUUCACUGGCCGGGGGGAGGCCCGCCCCCGGACGUCCCCCGCUGCGGCUUCAACAACGAGGAGCCCGCCUGCCGCAAAGUCUCCUUCUCCCACCUGGAAAUCUUGGGUGUGGUUGGAUGUUUCUCGCUGCUUAGUAUAUUUCUCGUCUGCUUCUUCAUCUACAGGAAACUGAGGCUGGAGAAGGAGCUGGCGUCCGAGCUGUGGAGAGUCCGCUGGGAAGACGUGCAGGCCAGCGGGCUGGAGCGCUAUCUGCGGAGCGCCGGCAGCCGACUUACCCUCAGCGCCCGAGGCUCUAACAUGGGCUCCCUACUCACGGCGGAGGACCAGGGACAGAUGUAUGCCAAGACGGCUUAUUACAAGGGAAACCUGGUGGCCGUCAAACACCUCCAUCACCAACGCAUCGAACUCACCCGCAAAGUCCUCUUCGAGCUGAAACACAUGCGGGACGUCCAGAACGAACAUCUGACGCGGUUCGUGGGAGCCUGUACCGACCCCCCCAACAUCUGCAUCCUCACGGAGUACUGUCCCCGCGGCAGCCUGCAGGACAUCCUGGAGAAUGAGAGCAUUACUCUGGACUGGAUGUUCCGCUAUUCUCUCACCAACGACAUUGUCAAGGGGAUGUUGUUCCUACACAACGGCGCCAUCUGCUCUCACGGGAACCUCAAGUCGUCCAACUGCGUGGUGGACAGUCGCUUCGUCCUCAAGGUCACCGACUACGGCCUAGAGACUUUCCGCUGGCCGGCCAGGCCGGAGACGGGCCACGCCUUCUAUGCCAAGAAGCUGUGGACAGCCCCGGAGCUCCUACGCAUGGCGGCCCCACCCGUUCGCGGCUCUCAGAAAGGGGACAUCUACAGCUUCGGGAUUAUCUUGCAGGAGAUCGCCCUGCGCUGCGGCGUCUUCCACCUGCCCGGCCUGGACCUCAGCCCCAAGGAGAUCGUGGAGCGGGUGUCUCGCGGGGAGCAGCCCCCGUUCCGGCCGUGGUUGGGGGCUCAGAGCCCGCCGGAGGAUCUGGGGGCGCUGAUGCAGCGCUGCUGGGCCGAGGACCCCAACGACCGGCCCGACUUCCACCACAUCCGACUCCAGCUGCGCCGGUUCAACAGGGAGAACAACGGCAACAUACUGGACACCUUGCUGACCCGCAUGGAGCAAUACGCCAACAACCUGGAGGAGCUGGUGCAGGAGCGCACGCAUGCCUACCUGGAAGAGAAGAGGAAGGCAGAAGCUCUUCUCUACCAGAUCCUGCCCCAUUCAGUGGCUGAGCAGCUGAAACGGGGGGAGACGGUCCAAGCCGAGGCCUUCGACAGCGUCACCAUCUACUUCAGCGACAUUGUGGGUUUCACGGCCCUCUCGGCAGAGAGCACACCUAUGCAGGUGGUGACCCUGCUCAAUGACCUGUACACCUGCUUUGACGCCAUCAUCGACAAUUUCGACGUGUACAAGGUGGAGACGAUCGGGGACGCCUACAUGGUGGUGUCGGGCCUACCGGUGCGAAACGGCCGGCUGCACGCUCGGGAGGUGGCCCGCAUGGCCCUGGCCCUGCUGGACGCCGUCCGGUCCUUCCGCAUCCGACACCGGCCACAGCUCCAGCUGCGUCUGCGCAUCGGCAUCCACACCGGACCCGUCUGUGCCGGGGUCGUGGGGCUGAAGAUGCCUCGCUAUUGUCUUUUUGGGGACACGGUCAACACUGCCUCGCGGAUGGAGUCCAAUGGGGAAGCGUUGAAGAUUCACAUGUCCUCGGACACCAAGGCCGUACUGGAGGACUUCGGCUGCUUCGAGUUGGAAUUGCGGGGUGACGUUGAGAUGAAGGGCAAGGGGAAAGUGCGGACCUACUGGCUGCUGGGAGAGAGGGGAGGCAGCACAAGAGGCUGAUGUGCUUGUCCCCCCGGCCCCUCCAACACGGAUCCCCCUCAGAGUAGGGGGGAAAGGGAGACGAAGAACCCAGCGGGGGGGCAGUCCCCCCAACUCUCUUGACUCGGCCCCUCCGUGGGAGAUGGGUGGAGGGGAAGGGGUGCAACUCAGGAUUGGGGUGUCCAUUAUUCGGGUGAGUGGCAGAGGUGGGGACAAGUCACAAAGGUUGAGCAGGGACCCCCUCCCUCAGUCGUCCCCCCCGACCCCUUCACCCCUACUGCCUUAUGGCUUGGAGGCUGUGGGUGAGGGGCAAGAGUCAGGGGUGGGGAGACCUGCCCCCCACCCCCACGUCUGGUCCACAUCUGCACCUUCCUCUCCCAGGCUCCUGCGGGUCUGGGGGAGCUAAGGAGGUGGGGGGUGGGGACGACGGACGGGAUGGGGUGGCGUGUCAUUUCCCGCUGUGAGCGGAGAGCGUGUGUGGAUUAUUAAAAGCUUCCCCCACCCCCCUCCCCAGCCCUCUGUCUCUUCUUGUUGAGGGGGAACGGUCCUCGGGAGGGGGUGGUGGGUCUCUGGACCCUGUCCAGAUGGAGAAGGAGGUCUCAAAUAAUAAUAAUAAUUGCCCCGCACACAGUAAGCGCUUAAUAAACACGAUCGAAUGAA